CAUGUUGCGUCACCUCCGGUUCUUGCCCCUUCCUCAGAGUUUCAUCCACUGUUUAAGACGCGUGUUUACACACUCCCAGAUGAAGGACUCCAUAAUGAACCAGGAGAAGCUUGCCAAAUUGCAAGUGCAGGUCCGCAUAGGUGGCAAGGGAUCAGCCCGCAGAAAGAAAAAGGUCGUGCACAGAACAGCAACAGCAGAUGACAAGAAGCUGCAGUUCUCCUUAAAGAAGCUGGGAGUCAACAAUAUCUCUGGGAUUGAGGAGGUGAAUAUGUUCACAAAUCAGGGAACAGUUAUCCACUUCAACAACCCUAAGGUGCAGGCAUCCCUGGCGGCCAACACCUUCACCAUCACGGGCCACCCUGAGAACAAACAGCUCACGGAGAUGCUCCCAGGAAUCCUACACCAGUUGGGAGCAGACAGUCUUACAAGCCUCAGGAGAUUAGCGGAGACGCUACCCAAUCCAAUCGGGGAGAGCAAAGCACCCAUGAUCGCUGCUGAAGAGGAGGAUGACGAAGUUCCUGAUCUUGUCGAGAACUUUGAUGAGGCUUCAAAGAACGAGGCCAACUAACAUCCCCCAACAAACACAAACUCUUAACUCACCUCAUUUGUCCCUGAUGAGUGCACGUCCAGUUGGUUUGGGAUCAAACUAGUAAAGAUGACAUCCCCGUCCUCUGCUACACGGCUCUUUGGCAUUCUGCAGUAAAAGUAUUUAAUUCUGACAAAAGUGUACACAUCCUUCAACUUGACGUUGCCAGUCUUGCUUUAAGAUGUUCACAAACCAGAUGUUCGAGUGGAAGUUAUCACGUAAUAAAGAUUACGCUUAAAAGAAA